AUGGAUGUCAGAUGCAACCGAGAGCCACUAAUGGAAGCCGAGUCGAGCACCGGGUUAAAGAACGGGCUCCGGGAAGGCAAAGAGUCGGUGCCCGGUGUCAGGGACUCUCACGGGAACCACCGGAAUCCGUUGAUGCAGGAACAGCAGCGAGAGACCUUCACCGUCUCCGCGGCUCCCGAGGACUGCAAUAAAACCAAAGCCAACGCCACAGACCCGGACUAUUGCAGAAGAAUUCUUGUACGAGAUGCCAAGGGAUCCAUACGAGAAAUCAUUCUACCCAAAGGGUUGGAUUUGGAUCGACCCAAACGCACUAGAACAUCUUUCACAGCUGAGCAGCUAUAUCGAUUGGAAAUGGAGUUCCAACGCUGUCAAUACGUGGUGGGACGUGAGAGGACAGAGUUAGCUCGACAGCUCAACUUGUCGGAAACUCAGGUGAAAGUCUGGUUUCAAAACCGACGCACGAAGCAAAAGAAAGACCAGGGGAAGGAUUCCGAUGUGCGAUCGACGGCCUCGGAGACGGCGGCGACCUGCAGUGUGUUGCGGCUGUUGGAGCAAGGAAGGCUGCUCUCUCCCCCGGGGCUGUCGGGACUCCUACCCUGCGCCCCCAACAACCUGGGCUCGGCCCUGCGCGGCCCCGUGGUGGGCAUCGGGACCACCCUGAGCGCCUCGUCACUCACAGUGGGAACCCCGACUGUAACCAGCUCCCACCCCGCACACAACGUCUUCAGUCUACCCGUCCCCUCCCUGCUGGGGAGCGUGGCCAACAGGCUCUCGUCGCCUCUGACGGUGACGGGGCCAUUGACAGGGAACUUGCAGGAGCUCUCGGCUCGAUACCUGAGCUCUUCCGCUUUCGAGCCCUAUUCCAGGAACAGCAAAAGGGAAGGGAUGGACAAGAAACUCAUGGACUGA